AUGUCAGAGUUUGGCGCGUGUUUCAGGCCCUCACCGCCGCUUUUUGCCGGUGCGCUCCGGCGCUCGACGACGCGCUGGCACAGGCUCAACAAGGUGCUGUACGAUCGCCAGCCGCAGUGGAACCCCUUGCAGAGACUUCAGUUGCCUUUGCGGAAAACGGUGGGAGACGUGCCGACACUCGACGGCACUUUAGACAUCUUCGGCUACCAGCUUUUCCGCGAUGGAUUGCUGUCGCCACUCUCCCCGCCCCGCACUUACCAGCAGCCGGGACAACAACAGGACUUUACAGGCUUCCUACCAGAUGCCCGAAAGGCACAAAAAGAGCGUACACGGUUGGAGGCCCGAAUGCGUAAACACGGCGUGGUGCUUCGCCGGAGCAUCAAGGAGACGUACCUCACAAUUGGCUGCGACGAGGCUGGUAGAGGGCCGCUGGCAGGUCCGGUUGUGGGCGCAGCCGUCUGCCGCAUCCCACUCUCUAGCUUCAAUAACGAGCUGUGCGCUGUGUAUGACACGAGGGAGGAGUUUCAAAUCUUUGACAGUAAGUCCUUGUCCGAAGGGCAACGCAACGUAGUCUUCCAGAACAUCACAGGGUACGAGAAGCUGUUUCAUUUAGUCGCGGACAAGGCGUUUGUGGUGCAUCACGCAAGUGGUGACGCCGCUCCGGACAACGUUUUGACAAAACGGUUCCCAUCCCACAUGAAACUUCAAAAGUUGCCAUUUAAAAAACUCCUGUCGAUGCAAACGCCUUAUUUGAUUUCGUACCAUGGCCAAAACGUCUGUGGGAAUUAUUUGUACUUGUGGGGUAUUGGCAUAGCGAAUCACGCGUACAUUGAUAUGACCAACAUUUAUGUCUCCUCAAUGCGUACAAUGCACCGCUCCUGUUUUUCCAUUUGGCGCAUGCUGAAUGACGCACGCUUUUCUCUUGAGAGGGCGCCUCGGCCCAAGCAUUGCUCCAUCGCUCAGUAUCUCUUUUCGCGCUACUGCAUCGCCGCACCCCAUGACGAUAAGAAACGUUAUGUGGUGCCGUCACACGUUGAGCUUGUGAGUGGGGCGUCAGAAUUUUUUGACACGGAGCCGGUACAGCCACCUUUGAUUUUGGUGGACGGUCACGCCGCCCCGGAGGAGACAAUAAGUUUUUUCACGGAAAUACAAACAGGCGGUUGCGUCCAGCCCAUCAUUGAAGGGGAUAAGAGGAGUUUGACAAUUGCGGCAGCUUCAUGUCUUGCAAAAGUGGCGCGCGAUGAGAUCAUGAAUUACGUGAGUACGUUGUAUCCGAAAUAUCAGUUUGCGGAGAACAAGGGGUACCCUGUGGAAUAUCACAUGCGUGCCGUACAGCGGUAUGGCGUCUCUUCCAUUCACCGUAAAUCUUACAAGCCAUGUGCUACUGCCAUCACAAAGCAACUGAAGCGCAAGGCGAAGGAAUCCCAGACAUGUAGCUGA